GGUGGAUGUUCCUCGUUAAAAAUAUGUUCAGCCACUUUUGAUUUGAAAAGGUGUGGUGGGGCAUUUGUUGAAACUUUACUUGCUUUGGCUUUCUCCUCACUCCGCUUACUGAUGAUGGUAUUGAGGCGCAAUAUUUUUUUCUGAUGACACACUAAUCUGUAUAGAAGGAAUAAUCGAACAGCUAAAAAUUACAAAAAUAAUCAGCUUAGGAGCACCGAGAUUACACGAAUAUUUAUUAACAAGCACUGCAACAAAAUCAUUGUUAUUAGAUAUUGAUAAGAGGUUCGAGUGUUUUUACGAUGCAACUUCUUUCUUGCAAUACAAUAUGUUCAACCAUCACUUUUUUGGAGGAUCAGCGGCUCAAGAUGUAUUUAUUUCGUUUUUACAAACUAAUGAACAAAAGGAUCGCUUAUGCAUUUUCACAGACCCUCCUUUUGGAUGCCGGUCAGAACUAUUGGCAAACACCAUUGUUAAGAUAAAUCAACUCUAUAACACAACCAAUUCGUUGGUUCAACAUGUAUUACCAGUCUUUUGGGUUUUUCCAUAUUUCAUAGAAGCUUAUAUUAAAAAUGAAUUACCUUCAAUGGAGAUAUCUGACUAUCACGUUUCUUACACGAAUCACAGAAGAUAUCAUAACGGCAAAAAAGGAUUGAAAAACGGAUCUCCAGUUAGAUUUUUUACCAAUGUGCCAUUAGAAUCCUUUGAAUUACCUUCAAACCAAGGUUAUAAAUUUUGCUACGAAUGCAACAAAAGUGUUCACAAGACAAAUAUACACUGCUCAAUUUGUAGCAUGUGUGCAUCAAAAAACGGUGCAACAUAUAAGCAUUGCGUUAAAUGUAAUUGGUGCGUUAAACCAAACUAUAAACACUGCAAUAAAUGCGGUAGAUGCGCCCAAAAACAUGACUGCCAUUUUUACCAAACGCAAAUCACCUGUCGCAUUUGUAUGAACAAAGGACACGUUGAAUUGACGUGUAGCUUUUGGAAGCACUUCAAAGAAAUUAAACGGCAUUAUAGCGGUUGUAUGGUGUGCGGGAAAAAAACACAUAUAAUCAAAAAAUGUCCCGAACGCAAGAUUGCUUUGAAAGAAAAAUAUUUUCUUGGGAAAUAUAAUAAUGUUCUUAACACAUAAA